GUGUCCAUUUCUCGUGUCUAUGUGAACGAGCUUCAGUACAACCUCCCCGGCAGGAGAAACGGAUAACACAAUCCCUCUCUCGCUCUCUCUCCCUCUGCUCUGCCAAUUCUGGUUCAGGCCAGCAAUGGCAUCUACUACAUCCCUCACCUUCUUCUCUUCCUCCAUCUUCCACCAUUCCUCCUCCCCCUCCUUAAAGCACUCCCUCUCGCCCAAUGUUCAAACUCCCACCCUCAGAAUCCAGUUUCCGAAACAUGCUCACCACCCAAAAGGGCCAAAACCCCUCCGGGCGCAGCUAGCGUCCCUCCCAAUCCUCUCAUUUUCCGGAGAGAAGGUUGGCGAGACGACCAUCGACCUCAAAUCGGCGCCGCCGGAGACUGCACGGUCGGUGGUGCACCGUGGGCUUAUCACCGACCAGCAGAACCAGAGGAGAGGCACUGCCUCGACCCUAACGAGGGCCGAGGUGAGCGGAGGCGGGAAGAAGCCGUACCAGCAGAAGAAGACCGGUAAGGCCAGGCGGGGCUCUCAGAGGACGCCGCUCCGGCCAGGGGGAGGCGUCAUCUUCGGGCCGAAGCCACGGGACUGGAGCAUCAAGAUCAACCGGAAGGAGAAGAAGCUGGCGCUCUCCACCGCCCUCAUCAGCGCGGCUGAGAACACCAUCGUCGUCGAGGACUUCUCCGACCAAUUCGAGCGGCCGAGGACCAAGGAAUUCAUCGCCGCCAUGAAGCGGUGGGGCGUUGACCCGAGCGACAGCUCACUGCUUUUCUGCACAGAGGUCUCGGACAAUGUCCGGCUGUCGAGCCGCAAUAUUGGAACACUGAAGGUGCUCACUCCCAGGACUCUAAAUCUGUUCGACAUUCUCAAUUCGGAGAAGCUGAUCUUCACGAAGUCCGCCGUCGAGUACCUGAAUAAGAUGUAUGGGGUAUCUUCCAGUGCUGAGGAAGAAGACGAAUAUGAAGACGAGGAAGAAGGAGAGGCAGGGGAAUCAGGCGGUGAAGGAGAAAGCAAUCCAGAUACAUCAAGUUAGUUGAUCUGGCUUCAUGCUGGCCAAUGAUUUACAAACCUCAAGGAAUUUUCUAGUUGACAAAUAGUUCAGCUACCUUUGUACUUCGCAUGAGAUGAGAAGUACAUUUAUAGAGGAGCAGUGUGUAUCAUUUGUUGUGUUGCAAAUAUUGCACGAGUUCUUUCUGUUUCAUCCUAGCAAACUGAACAUGUCAUAAACCAUGAAAACUAUCAUUGUCAUCCAUUUCCUGGACAAGAUUGGAAGACCUGGUUUUUCUUGAA